GAGACUUGGAGGGAGAAUCUGCAUUUAAAAGUUGAUUUCAAUUGCAGACUUCAUAUGAAUGUAUACAGUAUAUUGGCUCUCUGUUUAGAUGGGUAUAAUGUGUAGGAGAUGAAAUGUGACGUGUUGUGCUUAUGCUUAAUUAGAGACUUUUUUACACAGAAGCCUACUCCUAUCAGUAUUCAUCUGGCAUCAGUUGUCUAACACUGGGAGUGUGGCAUGUGACCCAUGUGUCUUCUUCUGUGGUCAUGUCAGCCUGUAGCUGCAGUCAAAGGGGCCCACACUGCAGUGAUGACGAAGCACAUUACUUGCUUCAUGUGCAGAACAGGAUCCUCAAAGAGAAACCCACAACCACAGAAUCACAAGAGCAAACUGACGGCACGUCUGUUCCUACAUUUGAGAUGUUUUAGCAAUGUUUAAUAAUUUUAAACAUUGCUAAUUUAAUUAAUUUAAUUAAUGUUUUGUAUAAUGUUUUGGCUGUAUGUCAACAUGGACAUAUUUUCACAGCAGAAGCAAAAAAAGCAAAUUACAAUGUUCGUACCACAUGGGGGCAGUAGUAACAUCUACUGGUGGCACCACUCCAGACCCUCGGCGUGAGGCAACGUCCCGGUGGAUGCUGGUGGUACUUUGGUCAUUUCCGAUUAGGUAUCCGGCUCGUCCGGUCGUUUUUAUUCUAUUAACUCCAGUCAACAUUUUCAAAACUAUCUCCCCCAAUAAUUUGACUUUGAUUACUUUCAGUUUUCAGUUUUUCAAUAAUCAGUUUAGGAAUUGUUUAGGAAUCGGAAUCGUUUUAAAAGUACCGGUUUGGCAUCGGAAAGUCCAAACGAUACCCAACCCUAGUACCGACAGAGACACACUUUAUGUACGUUAUGGAAAUGAAGGAUCAAUAUGAUGCAUGUAAAUAACAUUUGAAAACAACCUAUUCCUGAUUUGACUCUCAAAUAACAGGAGCAGCACCUGUCGUUAUAAAAGGACCUUUUCAUCCUCAUAUGAGUCUUCAACACGUUUUCUCUCAUGGACAAUCUCACAUUCACACACACGUGCACACACGUGCACCCACAUACACACACAGACGUGCACAUACACACAAAACACACACAAAAACACACACACACACACACAUCGUACACACACACGUAGACCCACACACACCCACACACACACAACCUAGCCUCUGUGGUGAGUCUCAGUAUGAUACAAAGCUGAACAGGAGGAAGUGACAGACCCAGACCAGACAAUGACAGCUCCGAUAAGACCAUCCUCAUCACUCAGCACAGCAGACACACGCACCAAGGUGAUCCGGGGGGUGGGAGAAGUUGAACUCCACAAAUGGAGCACGUGAACUCAUCAUCUCCGGUAAACAGAACCCUGGGGAACGACUCCUGUUGCGACAUCCAGGACGUACCGCAAACCUUCUUCAUAACCACCUACGGACUGGUGUUCCUCCUGGGUCUGGUUUUGAACGGCAUCACGUUUCGCGUCUACUUCUGCCAAGCCCAGCGGCACCCCUCCAGUGUGACAGUCUACCUGAAGAACCUGGUCGCUGCCGACUUCCUUCUGAGCCUUUGUCUCCCGCUGAGGAUAGCGAACUACGCUAGCGGCUCCGUCAUGCGAAGAGUAUACUGCUCUUUCGGGGCGUCCGCUUUCUACCUGAACAUGUACGCCAGCAUCCUCUUCAUGGAGUACAUCGCCGCGAACAGGUACCUAAAGAUCGUCCGCCCGCUGGAGAACCACGCCCUUCAGACGGUCCGCUCGGCCCACCUCGUCUCCAUAGCGACCUGGUCCGUCCUGGUGACCACCAUGUGCGUCUACGUGAUUCUGCAUCUCACCACCAGUCAGGACGAGACGCAGCCCUGCGUGUCCCUGGGCUGCGACGCCGCGCACAGCCCUGAGGUGCACCUCUUCUACAAGAUCAUCCACUCCUUCCUGGCAGCCAUCUUCCUGUUUGUCCUGGUCUCCCUGGUACUGUUGUACCGUGGGACCUGCUGGAGGGUGGAGCAGGCGCAGCGGGCCCGAAGGACCGCCUGCCGCAAGCUGAGCAGGUCCAGGAGCAACAUGCGUGUUCUGGUGGGCGUGUUCUGCGUGUGUUUCGUUCCCUACCACCUGGUGCGUCUGCCCUACGCCUUGCUCAGGCUCAGGCGCAGGUGCGAGUGGGCGAGGCUUUUCUACUUCCUGAAGGAGGGGACGGUGCUGCUGUCGGUUCUCAACGCUUGCCUGGACCCGUUUAUUUACUUCAUCUUCAGCAAGGCCUUCAGAGAGCAGCUGGGAUUCGGGAGAGCCUCGAACGUCACCCAGACACAGCUGGAGAUGAGGGGAGCCUCGAACGUCACCCAGACACAGCUGGAGAUGAGGGGAGACUCGAACGUCACCCAGACACAGCUGGAGAUGAGGGGAGACUCGAACGUCACCCAGACACAGCUGGAGAUGAGGGGAGCCUCGAACGUCACCCUGACCCAACUGGAGAUGAGGAUAGCCUCGAACGUCACCCAGACCCAGCUGGAGAUGAGGAGGAACAGCGAGAGUCUCCUGGAACUCCAGAAGACAGAGAAAACUAUCGUCACCACGUCUAGACGGACAAGUGUGAUUUAGCAAAGAGGCCCAAUCUCUUCCACUAUUGGUCAGUGGGACCUGUUGACUAGCUGA